AUGGGAAGCCGUCAGGUAGAGGAAGAUUCAUCCAGAGAGAUGACUGCUAAUGAUUACACUCAAGAAGUUCAUGGUUAUGUCGAAGCCGGUGGUCCUCCACCUCCACCUCCUAAACAAAAAAAAAUUUGUCCGGGCUGUCGUUUAAAUAAAUUCUUCACUGCAAAGUGUCAUAGGAUUAAAAAAGAAAGUGAUGGGGGCGACUGGACGAAAGGAGAUGAUGGCUUAAUUUUCUGCUCGGAGGAACACAAAAGAGAAAAAAGUGGCCAGGGAAUGGGUUAUGGCGACGUCCAAAUUACUACUAUUAAAAAUCGGGUGUUGGCGGACAUUCAAAAUAAACGAAAUGCUAAAAAAGGUAAUCCUCCUGACCCUCUGCAAACUGCCAAAAAUGCGGCUAUUGCCGAAAUUGAUGACAACGUUUUAGCCGACAUUAAGCAGAAACGUCAAGCCAAAUCCAAAGGAGGCGGGGGUGGUUCUGACAAGAACCAAAAUCUGAAUAAUUUACGGCAGGAAGCAAUUAAUCAAAUUCAGGUUGAACUAGCAAAGCAACCCUCCAUUGCUGAAAAAGCAAUUCUGAAACAAAUCCAAAAAUUAUUCUCUUCGGAUGCUUAUCAAGAAAAAAAAUCAGAAAUUCAAGCAGUAGAAAGCCACUUACAAAAACUUGACCCGGGAAAGUUUAAAGAGACAGUAAAGAAAUCACUUGACGAACAAGUAAAAAAUAACGGACUAACUGAGAGCAACAUGGAUGAUGAAACUAAACGAGCACUGGCUGAGGCUAAGCAAGACCCAACUCCCGAAAAGGUGGCUAUCGCCAAAGAAAAAGUCGCCCAAAACGGAGCCAAUAAUAAUUUAAACAACCUUUUAACCGAAACUUGA